GUUACUGAACCUAUCCGUUUUGGCGGCGUUUUCCAAUUUCGAAUUAAACUUGGAAAAUAGAAUUCUAUAAUUGUUUUUUAUUAUGUAACUGUUUUUAUUAAAAUGCUCUUGUUAAAACUUUCCGGCCAGUUCGAAAGCAGCGUUAUUUAAUUAAAACUUAUUUGUUAUUCGUUUUUGAAGUUGUCACGUGCUUAGUGCUUUUUUAGUGUACUUUUUUUAUGUGUAAUAUCGACAAUGUCAGGACGAGGAAUGAUAACGGUUUCAUCGUUAUUCAUGAUGCUUAUCGGAGGUGUUACCAGUCUUCGUGACGUAAGAUUAGUGGUGCAGCCUACCACCGUGAUCAGAGGCGGCACAGCUGCAUUGAUCUGCUACCGGGACAUGCAAGGAGCACCAUUGUAUACCGUAAAGUGGUACAGAGGGAACCACGAGUUCUAUAGGUUCACACCUUUGGAGGAACCAAACAAUAGGGUAUUUGGUUUGCCAGGCAUUUACGUUGAUAUGAACAAAUCCAAUGGAACUCAGGUAUACCUCCGGCGUCUGGACCUCAGCCUGGCCGGGAAUUUCAGCUGUGAGGUGACUGCCGACUCUUCAUUUGCCACUCAGAUAGCUACCAAGUUCGUUGAUAUCAUAGCUCCACCAACAUUGGGUCCAGUUUUAAAAGCUGAUAAGGAUCGUUACCAGCCAGGAGAGGUCCUGAGAGCCAACUGCACGUCAUCUCCGGGAAAACCAGCUACAAAUCUUACCAUUUACAUUAAUGAAGAACCUCUCCGUUCGUCAGAGACUAGUCUGCAUCCAACUGAGAGUGGGUUAGUGUGGACAAGCGUCCAAGUCAACCUGAAGGUGACUCCAGAACUGUUCCACGCGGGAAGACUAAGGGUCGGCUGUGUUGCCACCGUCUACGAUGUAUAUAAGAAGUCAGCAAACUUAGACUUCUUCACGCCUGAGACUGAUCCUGUACCUGAAAGAAUCACUCUCAACGGCAGCCCAUCAAGUAGCAGAACUUUCAACAGCUGGAUAUUCAUAUUUCUCUUAUUCUUCUUGCCCACGCUAAUCUCCGGGCAAGUUUACGAAACCUUCGACAAUAUGCUCGGAGAUUAUUAUGAAUAUGACGAAAGACGUGAGAAUAUCGCCUUGUCACUGGUUGGAGGCUGAAGACCUUACUCUUAGUUUAUGAUAUCAGAUACGAAUUUAGUGAUUUCAAUGUUUCGAAUGCAACUUUUAUAAAUCAUCUGCACAUUGAUUUGUUAUUAAAAUAUA